GGUCCUUGGCACAAUAAAGGUUGGGAACCCCUGAUUUAUACGAUACAAAAUAUGAUUCUCUGGGAAGAGAGGUUUGUUGCUUUGUCUGUGUUGAUGACGUGUUGUCAUUUAUUACAGAUGGAGAUAUGCAAAUGAAGGCCAAUGUUCUGAUCACAGAACUGUUUGAUACAGAGCUGAUCGGUGAAGGAGCGCUGCCCAGCUACGCCCAUGCUCACCAAAAUCUGAUCCAGGAGGGUUGUGAGGCGGUCCCGCACCGGGCCACCGUCUACGCCCAGCUAGUGGAGUCCGAGCUGCUGUGGAGCUGGGCUCAGCUGCAGCCGGUGGAGGUGGAGGGGACCCGCCUGGUCCCGCUGCCUACUGGGGGCCCCUGUGCUGGAGCUCAUGCCGUAUGCGACAUCCAGCUGAGCCAGGUGCCCCCCCACAGCUUCACCCCGCUCGGUCCUCUCUGCACCAUGUUCAGUGUGGACUUCAGUAAACCAGUCAGCAGCGCCUUCCAGUCCCACAGCUCUCAGUUUGUGGCUCAGGCUGGGGGGCGGGCCCAGGUGGUCCUGUCCUGGUGGGACCUGGACAUGGAUCCCAGUGGAAGCAUUGUGUGCACCAUGGCCCCCAGCUGGACAUACAAACAACCAAAGACGGCUCCGUGGAGGGACCACUGGAUGCAGAGUGUGUACUUCCUGCCUGUCGAAAGCAGCGUGUCAGACGGAGAGGAGCUGCGCCUGACCGUCUGCCAUGACGACUACAGUCUGUGGUACAGCUUACAGUCUCCCAGCCAGCAGGGCUCACAGAGCGAGGCUGCCCCCUCUCGGCCCUGCUGCACCUGUCAGGCUCACCUGGUUUGGAACAGACCGCGUUUCGGUGAACUCAACGACAGACGGCGCACAGAGAGCUACGUCAGCGCUCUGCGCAGCGUUCUGAGGGAGGACAGCGUGUGUCUCGGCGUCAGCGAUGGAAGUCUGCUGCCGGUGUUUGCUCACGUGCUGGGAGCCAAGAAGGUCUACGGUUUGGAAAACUCAAGAAUGUCUGAACAGGUCAUUGAGCAGGUGUUGGAGGCCAACUCGAUGAAAGGAGCGGUGGAGCUGCUGGAGAUCAGACCUGAGCAGCUGAGCAGCAAGGAUCUAGGAGGGGAACAGAUCUCAGUGCUGAUGGGGGAGCCGUACUUCAGCACCAGCCUCCUGCCCUGGCACUCCCUAUUCUUUUGGUACUGCCGCACGGCGUUGGCCGGUCUGCUCCGCCCCGGCGCCGCCAUCCUGCCCCGCUCCGCCACUCUGCACAUGGCCGCUGUAGAGUUCCAGGAUUUGUGGAGGAUACGAGCUCCGUGUGGAACAUGUGAGGGCUUUGAUGUCACACCCAUGGAUGAAAUGGUGCAGCGAUCUCUGGAUUUUCGUGAGUCCCGUGAGGCGGAGCCCCACCCUCUGUGGGAGUAUCCAUGCCGUGCUCUGACCCCGCCCACAGCCGUCAUGACCUUUGACUUCACACAGUGUGUCCCUCAACAGCCAAUCAGCAGUCAGGGAUCACUGCCCUUCACAAGGAUUGGUCGUUGCCAUGGUGUUGCGCUGUGGAUGGAAUACCACCUAACUGAUGACAUCACUGUUAGUGCAGGUCUGAUUGGACCAGUCAGUGAGCAGGGUGAGUGUGAGUGGAGUCGCCACAGGAAACAGGGAGUGUAUUUCUUCAGGUCACCGGGGGAGAGCUCAGGUGAUGGCAGAGCCUCGGUGUCUUACAGCUUCACCUUCGAACCCAGUUUAGGAGAUAUUAAGAUGGACUUCAGCAUCGAGGCUCAGUGAUAUGGAGACUGGGGAACAAUAUCUGAGGUUCAGCCAUUAUGGUGUGUAGUGCAACCCUGAAUAUUUACAGUCAUUCAUUUGAAAUGCAUUUCAUUUGAGCUAUUGAAGAAUUUAGAAAAACUGUUUUCUUUUUCACAGUAGAAUACAAUGAUAGUACAUUGAAAUCCAUUACAUCAAAGGUGAGUCUCACUGAGUCAAAGGAACUCAAGCUUGUAUACCGCAGACAUCCUGCAGCUUUUGUGAUCUCACCUGUCUCACAAUCCCACUGUUACUGUAAUGUUUCAUAAAGUUUUAUAUUGUUUG